CACCCGGAGGUCGGAGGGAAGAAGCGGAGGGAAGCGGAGCGGCCGGUCCCAUGGAGGCCUCGCCGGCCUGGGGGCUCCCGGGCCCCGGCGUGGAGCCGUGAUGGGGUGGCGACCCCCAGGACCGAGCAGCCCCGGGGCCCAGCGCCAGCCCUAGCAGCCCGGCCCCAGGCGCCAUGGCGGAGAAGGGGGCCGUGGGCGGCGGAGGCCCGGCCGGGGGCAUCACUCCCCUGCAGCAGAUCCUGGCGUCCGGCACCGGAGCCAUCGUCACCUCCAUCUUCAUGACUCCCUUGGACGUGGUGAAAGUCCGGCUGCAGUCACAGCGCAGUGCCCCCACCCAAGAGCUGGCCUCCCCUCAGGGUCCCUGGACCCUCCGGUACGGGAAAUGGAGGUGCUUCCUCUACUGCAACGGGAUCUUGGAGCUGCCCUACGUGUGUCAGAAUGGAGGCCGCUGUGCCACCUGGUACCCGGCCCCUACCCACUUCACCGGCACCGUGGAUGCCUUUGUGAAGAUCAUCCGCCAGGAGGGAGCCCGGACCCUAUGGAGUGGCCUCCCCCCUACGCUGGUGAUGGCCGUUCCCGCCACGGCCAUUUACUUCACCACCUACGACCAGCUCCGCAGCUUCCUGAGCCACCACGGUGCCACGUCCGACCUCUACGCCCCCUUGGUGGCGGGAGCCGUGGCCCGGCUGGGCACCGUGACGGUGGUCAGCCCCCUGGAGCUGGUUCGCACGAAGCUGCAGUCUCAGGCGCUGACGUACCAGGAGCUGCGCGUGUCCAUCCGUGGGGCCGUGGCCCAGGGCGGCUGGCGCUCUCUGUGGCAGGGCUGGGGCCCCACCGUGCUGCGCGACGUGCCCUUCUCAGCACUGUACUGGUUUAACUACGAGUUGGUGAAGCGUCGUCUGGAAGACUGGAUGCAGUCUGACCGGGCGUCGGUCAGCAUCAGCUUCCUGGCUGGAGCCCUCUCUGGGACGGUGGCAGCGGCCCUGACCCUGCCCUUUGAUGUGGUCAAGACACAUCGGCAGAUCGACCUGGGCAAAGUGGAGACCCUGAGAGUCACGUCUCCCCGCUCCCCAUCCACUUGGCUGCUGCUGCGAAAGAUCCGAGUGGAGUCGGGAACACGGGGGCUUUUUGCAGGCUUCCUGCCGCGGGUCAUUAAGGUGGCUCCCGCUUGCGCCAUCAUGAUCAGCACCUAUGAGUUUGGCAAGAGCUUCUUCCUGCAGGCCAACCAGGAGCGACACCGAGUGGGGUCCUGAGCGGGGCGGGGGGUGCCCGGCCAGGCUCCCCCUCCCCACCGCCCUCAGUCCCGCUGCCUGCUUCCCCCCGGGCGGGGGAUGGGGGGGGCACUCCCAGAGCCAGUCAAGUGCCUUUUCCCCCCAUUCUGGGGCAAGGGGCUCGCUUUGAGCCCCCCUUUCCCCGAUUCUGUGCGGCACCCCCAGCUACCUGGGAAGAGACUACUAUCCCCUCCCCUGGACCCAAGAACCCCCACCCCUUCCUCCUCUCCUCCCCGGAGACCAAACACCCCCCUCCCUCUUCCCCGUUCCUCUUUCGGGGCACCCCGCCCCUCCUCCAGCCCUGGUGAGAGCUGGACCCCCGCUCCACCCCCAACACACCUCAUCCUAGUAUGUCCAAAGAGAAUAAAGCCUUUCUACCCUGCA